CUUUCUUCGUCCCUUCCUUACAAACAACAAAGCAACAGCGACUCAAGGUAAAGGGAAGGAAGUCAAGAACACGAGGACACACUUUCUUCAUCUUUGACAAGUUUUCCGAAAAAUGGAGAACUUGAGAGCUCCCUUCAGGGGUAUUGGAAAUGACGUCAGAGGAAGAUUACAGUGUUACAAACAAGAUUGGACAAGCGGUCUUCGUUCUGGAAUUGGGAUAUUGGCCCCAACCACCUACAUCUUCUUUGCUUCUGCUCUGCCUGUCAUUGCCUUUGGUGAGCAACUAAGCAGAGAUACAGAUGGUAGCUUGAGCACCGUUGAUACUUUAGCUUCUACUGCUAUUUGUGGUAUCAUACAUGCGAUUCUUGGAGGACAACCUCUUUUAAUAUUGGGAAUUGCAGAACCAACUGUUAUUAUGUACACAUAUUUGUAUAACUUUGCUAAAGGAAGGGAAGAUUUGGGACGCGGACUCUUCUUGGCUUGGGCUGGAUGGGUUUGUGUUUGGACAGCUCUCUUGCUGUUUCUUCUUGCAAUAUUCAAUGCUUGCACAGUCAUCAAUAAAUUUACGAGGAUUGCAGGCGAACUGUUUGGCAUGCUGAUUGCUGUUCUCUUUAUACAAGAGGCUAUCAAGGGAAUGGCAAGUGAGUUUGAAGUUCCCAAAGCUGAGGACCCAAAGUCAGUGAAGUAUCAAUUUCAGUGGCUUUACACAAAUGGAUUACUGGGAAUCAUAUUUACUUUUGGCCUUCUCUACACUGCUUUAAAGAGCAGAAAAGCGAGGUCAUGGUGGUAUGGCACAGGGUGGUUUAGAAGCUUCAUUGCAGACUAUGGGGUUCCUUUGAUGGUUCUAGUGUGGACAGCUCUGUCAUUCGGUGUACCCGGAAAAGUUCCCUCUGGUGUUCCCAGAAGGCUCUACAGCCCUCUUGCUUGGGAAUCCACAUCUUUACACCAUUGGACUGUAGUAAAGGACAUGGGCAAGGUUUCUCCAGCAUACAUCUUUGCAGCCUUUAUUCCUGCUGUGAUGAUUGCAGGGCUUUACUUUUUUGACCACAGUGUUGCUUCACAGAUGGCACAACAAAAGGAGUUCAAUCUUAAGAACCCUUCUGCAUAUCAUUAUGAUAUCUUAUUGCUAGCUUUCAUGACUUUGCUUUGUGGAUUGCUUGGGUUACCUCCUUCGAAUGGUGUCCUUCCACAGUCCCCCAUGCACACUAAAAGCCUUGCUGUUCUUGAAAGGCAGUUGAUGCGAAGGAAGAUGGUGGAGAGCGCCAAGGAAAGCAUAAGGCAGAAUGCUAGCAACUCUGAAGUCUAUGGCAAGAUGCAAUCUGUGUUCAUAGAAAUGGACAACAGUCAAGUUAUACUUCCUCCGAUUACUUCAGUGGUUCAAGAGCUGGAAGACUUGAAGGAAGUGGUAAUGAAAGGUGAAAAUGCAAAGGAUACAUUUGAUCCCGAGAAGCACAUUGAUGCUCACCUGCCUGUCCGAGUUAAUGAGCAGAGAGUGAGUAAUCUCUUACAGUCACUCAUGGUGGCAGCAUCAAUUUUUGCUAUGCCUGCAAUAAAGAAGAUACCUACAUCAGUACUUUGGGGAUACUUUGCUUUCAUGGCCAUAGACAGUCUUCCUGGGAACCAGUUUUGGGAAAGGAUGCUCCUUCUUUUCAUAUCACCUGGACGGCGGUACAAGUAUGUUGUAGUUCUUUUUAUCCAUUACAUUUCUGCUCACAUUUUAGCCAAAUUUGCUUUAUCUAUGUCCCUUAACAAAGUGAAAUUCAAACUAAUGUAAAUUUUUUUUAUUAUA